UCAAUGUAUUUGAAUUCUGUAGCACAGAGUGAGAUGGCAAAGCCAGGAACCAGGCCUUUUGGACCAAGCCGGCCUCACGCUCCGUGCCUCUGAGUUUGGCUUUCGGAAACUAAUAUAAAAGGAGGAACCUGGUGCUAUUUCAUUUAAAACCGACAAUGUAGCCUUUUAUCACACCCUACGCUGGAGGUGGGGUACUUUCUGAAUUUAUUAUUAUACGUCACACCUCGCUAUAAAGGAGGAAGGAUGUGGUUUCCAGAGAGUGCUUUGCUGGAGACUAGUUCCAAAGUCAAGGUACAAACCAAGGACUGAAAAGGCAAGCCAUGAAGUGGCUGCACUGGACUCUUCUGCUCCUGUCUCUUCUUCUGCUGGACCUUCCAGGAUCCUCCAGGGAAGAAAAGGUAGAAGAAGUCAUUGGGGCUCAGGGGGAGUUGGUCACUUUCCAGAUGGAGAUCCCUGGACCAUUUACAAGAAUUACCUGGCUGAGAAUCAAGACAAAAGAUGUUGACAGUGUUGCUGUUUUGAAGCCACAGGAAAACUGUGCAACCACCAUACUCCUCCCAGACUUGGAAGGGCGGCUGAACGUCUCCAGAGACUGCAAGGGGCUACAAGUCAAAAACCUGAACCAAGAUGACUCUGGAACAUACCAAGCCCAAAUACAACUAGAUGGUCAGGAAGAACCAUUACUUUUGUUCUUUGACCUUCAUGUGUACAAACGUUUGUCGGAUGCUGACCUGAGCAUCCAUUGUAAAGGGAUUGGGAAUGGCACUUAGCGGCUGAACUGCUCUGCAGAGCCAUGGGAAGACGGUGUGAAAUUCAGCAUGGCCUCAAGCAGCCAGAGGGAAGAUCAUGGAAGAUCCUUUGACAUCCAGCAGGACUUAGAGGAGAGCAACCUGAACAUCACUUGCGCCGCCAAGAACCCUGUGAGCACAGCAUCCAGGACAGAGUCCUUGAAGGAAAUUUGUGCUGAGCAUCCAGCGCCAGGAUCCACAAAGGGACCAACUUCGCAAAACGGUGAGCUUUAUCACACCAGAG